AUGAUAAGGUUUGCGAGUGACAUCAACCCUUCAGUGCGCAAGUGGCUUGAAUCCAACGGCAGAGCCAAGAUCAUUUAUGAAGACAUGCUGGCACGCUCAGUGUCAGAGCUGCCACGCAGCAUUGAUGGGUAUGUGGUGGGUUUCCCCUGCCAGCCGUACUCCAAGCAGUCCUGCAACCGAAGAGCUUUCAAGGACCCACGAGCCAAAGUCUUUUUUUGCAGUUUGAAGACCGCUGCUCAUAUGCAGCCUCGUUGGAUUGUCAUGGAGAACGUAGAGGGGAUCAUGGCCUUCAGACAACGUUUGCUAUCAGCGUUCCGCAGAUUUGGCCUCCUCGACCAGUAUUUCUUUUGCAUCCUUCCCUUAUGUCCGAAGCAAUGCUUGAAGGAACCGCACAGAAGACCUCGAAUAUAUUUCAUUUUGCUUCGUAAAGAUGUCUCUGUGACUCAAGAUUGCAGCUUGAUCAGGAAAUUCAUCGAAGAGGCCAUGUCCGAAAUUGGUAGGUCAUUGCCAGCUUUGGAUUUGAAGGACGUGCUGGGUGAGGUGACGGCUUCAGCUCCACCCCCCACAUGCUCACUUGGCACGCGCGCUGGCGGAUCGAAGUGGGUGGUGCAACACAACGACAUUCGGAGCCGCUUGGGCAUGCCACCUUGUCAGCUGGCGUCCACCUGCAGCUUCCUGACUGCAAGAGAAGCCAGCUCAGUUGAAAUGGCUUUGUUUGCCAACAAAGGAAAAGGAUUCCCAUGUGUGAUGGAUGUUUCUCAGUCCUUUGACCGGUUGCCUUUGGGGUGGGGCGAAUGCCCGUGUUUGACAACCAGCUCCAAGCUUCUUCUGGUUUCAGCGCAUGGUCAGAAGAGGCUCCUUUCUGCACAGGAGAAGUUGAAGCUCUUAGGUCUGCCGGCGGAUGUGUUGUCUUCCAGCGCGGCUGGGCAUUCUUCUUUGCACACCAUGGCGGGUAACGGGAUGCAUCUCCGUUCGGUUGCAACCGCCAUGAUGUUGGCUUUGUCCUUGGUGUCUCGGCAGAAUCCCUCGGGAAGGUAUGAUGGGCCCAAGGCUUCUCAGCCUUUGAUUUUCCAGUGGUCAAGGUCGAAGCUGUCACUCCGACCACCGACAGCAAGGAAACCCAAAAAAGCAUGUAGCCGCAAGACGCGGAAGGUUCAGGUCAAAGGUGGGCGUGGGUUAAAAUCUAAGGGGGUGUCGAAGACACCGAAUCAGAAAAAGCACAAUGGGCGCGUGAAGCCAGUCAAGCGCUCUUUGUCAGAGAUGUAUGCAAAGCAGAUGAAAAGAGGCAGGGAGUUAGAUGGCUUGUAUGGGGGUGAGGCCGGCAAAUCGCCCGCUACCCAUCCUGUUCGUGCUUUGAAAGAUGCAAAGAGAGGAAAAGCUGGCCAGAGCAAAACAAGGAAGGAGAUCACUACUUUGCUGAGGCGAGAUCAGUCCCAUGGGCACGCAGAGCACAAGCACCUGCACCCUGACCCCAAGCAAUUUGCUGGCAAAUGUGCUCGUUGCCGCUACUUGCUUCAUCGGCAGUCCUGGCGGCAGACCAUCGCUUCUGUGCAACUCCCAGGGCAGAAGCAGCUCAUAUGGCUGAAUGAGAAGCCUCACCGCUUGGGAUCGUCUUGGGGCAUUGGUUGUGAUGUUUGCGCUUCUAUGCUCUCACGCCUGGUCGCUGAAAGUGCAGGGCACUCUGCAGCCAGAAUAGCAAACACAGAGAAGUUGAAGCGACGAUUGAAUACGAAGAAACAUAGCCUUUCCAGCGUCCACCAGACAGCGCUGCAGUGCUUUCUCCACCCUGGGCAGCACAUCUUGGCAACCGCGCCUGCUUCAUGUGCUGAAGGUCAAGCUUUCAGUGGUGCAGUUCCGCAGCUGGAUGAUUACCUUCGGGUCUGGAGGUAUGUGAAAUCAUCUCAGUCGUUCAACAGCAUCGAGUCAUCGACCUUCACAGAAGCGUUCAUCAGUCAGAAGCGGUCGGACCCCAUGGAGGUUAAACGAAGAGCUGUGGCCCAGAUCGUGAAGGUCAUGCGGGAGCAAGUGCGCAAACGCAAGGUCGAAUGCCUUCUCCGGGCUACCACAAUGACACUCGUUGUGGAUGACAAGAAGGACCACCGUGUCAUUCUGUUCCACAGCAACUUGAGCCAUGAACCUGGCGGCUCCGGGCUCAUUCAAGUGUUGAGAAUCGCUGAGCAGUCCAUUGCAGGGCAUGAGGAAGAUUAUGCUGUACGCAUGGCUGACACUAUUGAGAGAGGGCUCCAGCUUUUGGCUACUCCUCUGCAUGGUGACCCAGAUGCUUGGGUAUUCACCCAUUUACGGGAGAUCACUAAACAUUUCACUGCUGAUGGGUGCCCUGCUGUUCAAAAAGCUGGCCGGAUCUUGGCCCAAAGAUUCCCGAACUUGACCUUGGUGCACAGAGAUCAUGCCCACGCAAUCAGGCUGGCCGCAGAGAGACCUUGCGCAGCUCAAGAACAGUGGGCUGAAGUUCGGGAAGCUCUCUUUGGCUCAGCGGGAUUGGUGCCCGAUGUGAUGAAUUCCGUCGAGUGGAAGAGCAAAUUGUGGGCAAUUCAACAUGAUGCGCAGUCUUGUGACGGAUGGCAGAAGCCCUUAGCUACUGCAUUGAAGCACUUGAACUACUCACCUGUUCGGUGGAACUCGCAAGACGCCCCUUUGCGCCGCUUUGCAGCCUUGCUUGUUCCCAUUGCACUGCUGUUGGCGGUCCAAUCCCAGGAUUCUCGGCUGACGGCAUCUUUCAGACAGAAUUGCCAGACAAUGUUGCAAAGACUGACUCCAGCUUUUCUGGUGAAUGCUGGGCUGGCGUCCGACUAUUCUUCAGAGAUGCUACGGUUUCUCAGAGAGUUUGACAAAGCAGACCAUGACCCUGCCAAAACGCUUCGGCAGAAGCGUUUGUUUUUUGAGAGGCUGAAAUGCCUUUUCCUGGAAAACCACAUCUUGGACGAUGUGGGGGAGGAUGUGCAAACAGUGACGCGUUUGAUAUGUCAACAGGCCAUGCAGUGCCCUCCUAUCCUGUACGGCCCAAAAGUCCAUUACUUGUGGCCAAAGACUUCCAAGGAUGAUUUCCGACAAUGCGUUCUAGGCAUGCAUGCAGUCGUGGAAUCUGCCAUCAUGGAGGUGGAUUCAGAACUGUGUGGCUUUGCCUUGGACUUCGCGAUUUUUGACAUUGCUGCAUUCCACCAUGCCAAGCAAGAUGUCCAAGGUUGGAGAAACUUUGAGUUGCUCACCAAAGGCCGCUUGGAGAGGCUCCUGCGAUCAGGGCUGCGGCACGCAGAGUGGAAAGCAGCAUCAAGAGAGUGGUGGGCUGCCGCGCACCAGCUGCAUCAACAGAACAGGGAAGCAUUGGACAGAGGUGAAGAAAUAGACAACAGACAUGCGUGGAGGCAAAGCCUGGAGCCCGGCUUCGCUGCGCAAAUCUCCCAAUUUGGCGAGUUCCGAUACUUGUCUGGUUUGGUGCAGUACUACUUAGGCUUCACAGACUCCAGCACCGGGGCUGAAAGGGCGUUGUCUCAACUAGUCAAGAUCUGCUCUUCUCACUUGGGUCCGCUGCAAGAUAGCGGCGUCACUGCCAGCAUGCUAUUGGAAAUCACCUUGGAUGGCCCUGCGGAUGAAACCGAUUUUUGCCAAAGAUUCUAUUUUCCGGGAGAUGAAACACCGCAGCUCCGAGCAACUGAUUUCAGUUUGGAAUUAGCGCAACUGUGGCGGUCUUCCUACGGCAGCCGCUUCCGGCUGUACAAAAAGAGGAAAGAUGCAGGACAGACACGACCAAAGAAAGCAGGAACAGAAGUCGAAAUUGUUCGUUCGCAGGCAAGAGCUGCAGACAGGAUUGUCCAACAGGUUUCCAGAAGGCAGGCAGACACUUCUGCUACUGUGAUUGGUCUCCGUCGUAGAGAUCUACCUCGCCAUCGGCCUUUGGCAGAAAACCCAGCAAAGUCGGGGUUGGAGGCAGUGUACGCAUGCGCUGCAAAGCGCAAGAGCGCCAAGUUGGAUGAAAGAAAGCUGAGAAUAGAGAAGCCAUUGCAAAGCCCUUACCAGGUAAACCUACGUAAGGGACACUUGUUGUGCCGAGACGUAGAUCCUGAGGCUGUGGCAUACACCAAAAGGCCGAGCCUUAACUUGCUGGAUUUGCGCUCUUCGCCUCUUGGGGGCCACGCGGCCAAGGAUCGCAGGGCGAGCGUUUGCCGGCUAGGUCCUUCAACGUUGCCCAUGGAUAUCUUGAAAGCAGUUCGCAAAGCUGAGCUGGUGGUGGUUUCUUCCUGGCGGCACUUGCAAGCAAUGCCAAGCGCUUCGAACAUACCGUCCGGGGCUUGGACAAAUGGGCAAAGUCUUUCGUAUAAAGGGAUGGAAUUGAGCAUGUAG